GGGGGGGGCUGAGAUCUUGGUUCUAACCCCGUUGCUUUCGUUGCUUGCUUCCUUCCCGCAGCCCGCUCCCCCCCUUAGGUUGAUCGACCUUGUAUAAAUAGCUCUUCUUUCCCCCGUCUACGAUAUACCCUUCUUCCUCUCUUCUAACCAUUAACAAUCAAACAAGCUUUUUCUAGUUAAUCACUCUACUACCUACCUCGCAUCAAACCCUUCGUCUUCUUUUAAAAAAACGAACAUAAAUUCAUCAUGGACUUCGUCAACAAACUCGCCGGCGGCCAGGGCCAGGGCCAGGGCCAGUCUGUAAAUGAACAGGUCGUCAAGGACCAGAACGCGGGACAGCAAUCGUCGGGCUCGGGUGGCUUCCUCGGCGGCAUUGGCAAUAAGCUCAACGAGGCUGCUGGCGGCGGCAAGGCCAGCGAGAAGAAUGAGGAUUACCUUGACAAGGGCGUCGACUUUGUCCAAGAAAAGUUCCUCGGUCAGGGUCCUCAGGACAACGAGUCUGCUCUUGAGCAAGCCAAGGACGAGCAGAUCAGCGACUUCAUCCGUGGACAAUACAAGGGUACCACCGGCAAGGACAUGCCCGUCAAGGACAAAUAAGCUCGUCGUAAUGAAGAAGGUUGCGGGCGCUGGGAGCUACGGCCUUAGGAGUGACGGCUGCGGCAGUCGAUGUCUUGCUGGCCAUGACGAUGCUGUUAUGAUAGUCAUGAAAUGAAAUAAUAACGACCCGUGUCA